AUGUCUGGAAAUCAGCCAGGCGGAAAUCGCAACAGCAUCCCCGAAGCUAGUACGGCAUCUUCGCUGCGACCGCCGUCUUCGAGAGCUGUCAGCUCCGGUCACUCUUUGCGUGCCUCUGCCGACAUGGCUUCUCUCACAAGCCCAUCGGUCCCCGGCCGCAUUCGCCCCUCGUCCGAAUUCUACGGCCAAACCCAGCAAGGCCAAGGACAGGGCGGCACUGAAUCCGACCCCCAGGACAAGCUGGCCCAGCAAUGGAUUGCCGACAUCGACCAAUACGAGACUACUCUAGAGGAGAUGGCUGCUGCAACCUUGGACCAGGAUUUCAAGGACGAGCUUAGCGCCAUUGAGCAGUGGUUCCGUGUUCUUAGCGAAGCGGAGCGUACCGCCGCCCUGUAUGCUCUGCUUCAGCAGACUACGCAAGUCCAAAUCCGCUUCUUCAUCCAGGUCCUUCAACAGAUCGGCAAGAAUCACCCAAUGUCAGGUGUUUUGUCUCCCGCCAACUUUGACAAGGAUCCCAUGUCGAACCGUCUCAAUGAUGCUAUGAACAAGCUCAAUGUGGACUCCUCGAGGGCGUCGUACUCCCGCAACUCGGCUAUUGGGUCUACGAAAGGCCAUUCAGGCCUCGAUCCUCUCACGAUAAAUGCCAUGUUUCCAGAUGCUGCGGCUGCCAUUGCGACAGAGAAGGCCAAGUUUACUCAGCAGACUGGAAAUCCGCCAUCUUCCAACAGGAACUCUAUAGCUGGCCCCAGUAUUUCUGGGCCCGCAGAGUCUCGAGAGGGUGGCGGGCAAGGCUCUGCAAAUCAUUGGGCAUCCAACGCGGGCGACCAAGGCACCUCGAAAGGUCUCGGGUCUCAGACACCCAUGGGACAGUUCGUCCAACCGCCGCCUUCUGCUGGAUUGAGAUCUCCUCGUCCUCCGCUGUCUAACAAUGCUCCUAUCCAAAACACCACGCUUACAGCUCCGGAUGGUAAUCAGGGGGACAUGCCGAUGUUGUCUCCUUACAACCCCAACGGUGGCAACUGGGCGUCUAUGGUCAACACCCCGAUGAACAGCAACUUCAACACCGGGCAGCAACCUGGAAACAACGGAGGGAAUCAGGCUGACAUGAUUGCGAAUGCUACCGCCAUGAAGUUGGCCGCUUUGUCAACUGUCAACAACCGUGUUGCUCUUGAUGACGUCCGAAAGUAUCGACGAACGAGGUCGAACGAUGGCCAUGGAAAAGGCCAUGGUCAAUCCCCACUGUCACCCAGCCCUCAAGGAAUCAACCUCCCUGGUACCAACGUUGUUAUGAUCAAUGAGCACGGGCAGGUACUCAACCAGGAGCAGAUCAUGGCACUCCAGGUCCAGCAGCACUUGAACCUUGGGGGACAGCGGUCUCGUCCAAACUCGCCUGGUAUGCCACCCGGCAUGGGCACAAUGGGUGGUUUUACAUCGCCGCAGAAUAACGGAUUCCUGAGUGCCUAUGAUGGAUCAUCUGGGGUUAUGAACGCUGGAGUUCCGACAGUGAACCUGGCCCAAUUGGGCCUUGGAGGCCAUGAGGGCUAUCUCUCUGACCAUUCUGAUAUUGCGCGUGGGCGCUCUCCACGCGGAAGAAGGGGAAGCUCCAAACCCCCUGAGGAUCCGACUGACCCAAGCUUGCUGCAAGACAUUCCGAGCUGGCUCCGUAGCCUGCGGUUGCACAAGUACACGGACAACCUCAAGGACAUGAAAUGGAACGACCUUAUUGAGCUCGAUGACAAGGCUUUGGAGCAGCGCGGCGUCAAUGCUCUGGGAGCCCGAAGAAAGAUGCUGAAGGUGUUCGAGCAGGUUAAAGGUACCCAAUGA